GGCGGAGCCGCCUAGUGCGGCGCCCGCGCCUAGCGUGAGGUGGAAGGACGAGCUGCCGCGGGCGGGACGCCGCGAGGCGAGGGCCCGCGCCCAGUCCGCGUGGGCGGGCCCCGCCGGCAGGCCGCUGGAGGGCUACGUUCAGCGAGAUAGAGACCGCGCCGGGCGUCGACAGGACGCCCGUGAGGCUGUUCGUGAACCGCAAGGACCCGUGCGAGCGGCGGCUUCACGUUAGGGUGCGGGACCAGGUCGGUUUCUUGUUCGCGCUCUCGGAGUUCCUGCUGGACGGCAGGAUCGACGUGGACGUCGCGGACAUCGCGAGCGUGGGAGACGACGUGGACAACCGCAUGAGGCUGCGGGCUCCGAGACCCUCAGACUGGAAAGAUGCCGCCGUGUGGUGCGCGGAGCUGGAGGCCCACCUCAAGGCGUCCGACUACUCCGUCUACGUUGCCGCGGCACAGGCUGCACCUCAGGCGUCCCGGCUCGCCGUGAACCCCCACCUGUUGUGCGUGGUGUCCUUCGCGGAGAUGAGCUGCGUCGCCGGGCGCCACGCAGGUUCCCAGCAGCACCGCGUCCGCAGGUACAGGCUGGAGCUGAGGGGCAUCAACCAGGCCGGCCUGCUCCUGUGGAUCUCCCUGGUCCUGGCCCAGGCGGGGUUCAACAUAGUGCGCGCCCAGGUCACCACCAAGGACGGCGACGUCCACGACACGUUCGAGCUGACAACCUCAUCGGAAGAGGCCGAGGGGAAGUUGCGGUCGCACCUCCACAUACCAGUGGGCGCCGAGGUGCACUCGAACUUGCCGCUGCUGCACAGGCAGUGGGCGACGGAGGCGGAGGGCGCGCCGCCGGGCGCGGAACGGAGCAGCGUGGCGGCUUCCGCGGCUCUCCAGUCGGUAGAGCAGCAUGCCCACGACGGGGCCUCGGACUUAAGCGGAGCGUCCGAUCAGGACAGCGUCGCGAGUCCGGCAGGCGACGGGGCCAGCGGGAGCCAGCGGCUGAGCCGGCGGUUGCUCAGGAGCCCGUUCUCCCCCGACAGCCUCAGCACGCUCAGGCCCGAGGACAGGUGCAGAGUGGAGCUGAGCAACGGCGACGUGUACGAGGGCGCAGUGUCGCCCAGCAAGGACGGCGGCGGCGUGGUGAAGCACGGCCACGGCACCUACACCUACGCGUCACCGCACCCCAACACGGAGUAUUCUGGCCAGUGGAGGACCAAUAGUAAGCACGGCUUCGGCUUCCUGCUCUUGAGGAAUGGCGGAGCUUACGCAGGCCAGUGGUUGGCCAAUUUGCGGCACGGCGUCGGGGUGGCUCUCGAUUACGGCCAGCGUGGCGCCUCGGGCCCGGGCGACAUGCCAACCCACCGCUACGAGGGCGAGUGGGAGUCGGACUCGCAGCACGGCAUCGGCGUGGAAGAGACGGAGGAUCGGUUCCUCUACUGCGGGAGGUUCGCCAACGGCCAGCCCUCGGAGCGGGGCAUCCGGAUGCCGCACCGGGAUCCGGGCGUCAAGGGCUGCCGCGUCUUGAGCGAGGGAUCGUGGCGGCCACUCAUUCCGAAGAACGAAAAAUCGCAUGAGACGGAGGAGCGCUACCGGGUCCCCGCCGCCAGUUCCGGCUCCACCCCUCGCGGCGAGGGCGGCGCGCCUCGCGCGCCCGAGGCCUCUGGACCAGCGGCGCCGGGCUCGCGCAAGGCUGCGGGUGUCUCUUCGCCGUCGCUCUGGGACGAGGUCGAGCUGGCUGCUGUCGUCUACUGCCUGGGCGUCAACCCCGAGGCCGCCAGGAUGGUGCGCGGGCGGCGGUUGCACGGCGCCAAGGGGCUGCUGGAGCUUUCAAAUUCUGGGAUGGCCAGGAAGAUGGGGCUGGCCUCGCCCCUGGAGCGGCUCGUUGUGCGGCGCACGCUGCAGCGCCUGCUUUGGGCGGAGAUCCAGGAGAACGGCGAGAGGGGCCGCAGCUGCUGUGACGGCGACGUGAUGGCCGCUCCCGCGCUUAGCGCGCACGCCAUACCGAUGGAGAGACUCACCAUCGUAUCGCGUAUCGCACAGGGCGGCUUCGGCGCCGUCCACAGGGGCGCCCUCUUGCCGCAGGGCGGUUCGGACGGAUCGGGGCACGGCGGGGAGGAGAAGGCGCAGGCGGUCGCCGUUAAGGAGAUGAUGGGCGACAGUCGUUUCAAGCUGAACGAGCUGUUGAAAGAGGCGCAAGUCAUGGCCUCCCUCAGGCACCCGAACAUCUGCCGCUUCAUCGGAGUGUGCGCGGACGGCAGGCAGCGCGGCAAGCGGUACAUUGUCUCAGAGCUACUGGACUGCUCCCUGUUUGACCUGGUGCACCGGCCAGGCACGACCGACUGGAACGGCGUCCUGGACCCGCUCCUCGCGAUGAGACUGGCGGAGGGCAUUUGCGCAGGCCUGGCGUACAUCCACGACGUGAAGCACCUCGUCCAUGCGGACCUAAAGUCUUCCAACAUCCUCAUAGACCUCUCCCUGGCGCGCACGCGCAGAGGCAGACCAGUGCCCCGCAUCUGUGACUUCGGGCACGCGGCCGUCCGCACGGCGGCCUCCCCGCACGACCGGCUGUGCACCCCGCACUGGGCCGCGCCGGAGGUGCUGCGCGGGGAGGGCCUGGGCCCCGCGGCCGACGUGUACUCCAUGGGCGUGCUGCUCUGGGAGAUGCUCGCAAAGACGAUACCGCACGCCAACCUCUGCUUCGGGCAGGUGAUCGCCGUCGUGGGCUGGGCCGGCGUCGCGCCAGACAACGGGUUGCUGCCGCACGUGCCCGACGGCCUGCGGUCCUUGAUGAAGGACUGCUUGAGCUUCUUGCCGGACGAGCGCCCCAGCGCGUCGCAGGCCAGAGGGCGGUUGCAGAAGAUCCCGCGCAGGCUCCGCCUGCAGGUGCUGCAGAUGCUCGCUGGCUUCCUCGCCUGCGGCAACGCCUGAGGCUCUAGGCUGCGCUGCUGAGGCCUCUACGCGCAGCCGCACCCUCGCGGCAGCGCUGCGCUGUAGGAUGCAGACUAAUCGUGCACUGCUCGCAGGUAGGCCUCUCGAGCCACCCCAGGCCGCGCCAGUCGCUGUGCGAUAGGCGCCGCAGCCGUUCCAGCAGGUGCGCGCUGGCCGAAACAGCAGUCUGCGUCCACCACAUUGGCGUGCUCCGCGGGCAUGGGGGAUCGCGCUGGUCUCGGCCAG